AUGGCGUCCGCCGACGUGAGCAUCCCGCGUCGUGAGCGCGAACGGGAACGCGGACCCCAACGAGAAGCCGACUCGUAUCGUCCACCACCUCGCGAGCGAACACCUCCGCCUGUGCGAACCGAAGAAGAGAAGCAGGCUGCGGCUAAAGCAGAAUAUGAAAAACUUCUCAACAUGCGGUCUGGUGGAACCUACAUCCCUCCCGCGAGACUGAGGGCGCUGCAGGCGCAAAUCACCGACAAGACCAGCAAGGAGUAUCAGCGCAUGGCCUGGGAGGCAUUGAAGAAGAGUAUCAACGGUCUCAUCAACAAGGUCAAUACGGCGAACAUCAAGCACAUUGUUCCCGAGCUGUUUAGCGAGAAUCUGAUUCGCGGACGGGGACUCUUUUGCCGAUCCAUCAUGAAGGCCCAAGCUGCCAGUUUGCCCUUCACUCCCAUCUACGCUGCCAUGGCGGCCAUUGUCAACACCAAGCUGCCACAGGUUGGCGAGUUGUUAAUCAAGAGAUUGAUUAUGCAGUUCCGAAAAGGCUUCAAGCGCAACGACAAGUCGGUUUGUUUGUCGUCGACGACUUUCCUCGCACACCUCAUCAACCAGCAGGUGCAACACGAGAUGCUCGCUGGUCAAAUCCUCCUAUUGCUACUGCACAAGCCGACCGAUGACAGCGUGGAGAUUGCCGUUGGUUUCUGUCGAGAAGUGGGACAGUACCUAGAGGACAUGCAGCCAUCCAUUUCGGUGGCUGUGUUUGACCAGUUUCGCAACAUCCUCCACGAGGCCGACAUUGACAAGAGGACACAAUACAUGAUUGAAGUUUUGUUCCAGGUGCGCAAGGACAAAUUCAAGGACCACCCUGCUGUCAAGGAAGAGUUGGAUCUAGUCGAGGAAGAAGACCAGAUCACUCAUCGAGCAGAGCUGGACGGCGAGAUUGACGUGCAGGACGGUCUCAACAUUUUCAAGUUUGACGCCAACUGGGAAGAGAAUGAAGAAGCCUAUAAAAAACUCAAGGCCGAAAUUCUAGGCGAAGGAAGCGACUACGAAGACGACGACGAAGAUGAUGAUAGUUCCGAGGGCGAGGAAGAAGACCAGGAGACAAAAGCCAUUGAAAUCAAGGACCAGUCCAACGCUGACCUUGUCAACCUCCGAAGAACAAUCUAUCUCACCAUCAUGUCCAGUGCCGACCCCGAAGAAGCGGUCCACAAGCUCAUGAAGAUCAACCUCCCCGCGGGUCAAGAGCCAGAACUUCCCUCCAUGAUCGUCGAGUGCUGCUCGCAAGAAAAAACAUACACCAAAUUCUUCGGCCUUAUUGGCGAGCGUUUCGCCAAAAUCAACCGCCUCUGGUGCGACUUAUUCGAGCAGUCAUUCGUCAAGUACUACGAAACAAUUCACCGCUAUGAAAACAAUAAGCUUCGCAACAUUGCUCAGCUCUUCGGACACAUGCUUGGCGUUGACUCCAUUGGCUGGCACUGCCUCUCUGCCAUUCAUCUCAACGAAGAUGAAACCACCUCCAGUAGCCGUAUCUUCAUCAAGAUCUUGUUCCAGAGCAUAGUUGAAGAAAUCGGACUGCCUAAACUCAAGGCCAGAAUGGCCGAUGAGACACUCCGUCCGAACCUUGAGGGCAUCUUCCCCAAGGAUAACCCGCGGAAUAUCCGCUUCUCCAUCAACUACUUUACCAGUAUUGGUCUCGGAGCUCUCACUGAAGAAAUGAGAGAGUAUUUGCAGAAUAUGCCGAAACCGGCUCUACCUGCUCCUGCGGCAGCAGACGUGUCUGAUUCAGACUCAGUAUCAAGUUACUCUUCCUACACCGGGUCAUCAUAUUCAUCCCGGUCACGAUCCAGAACGCCCCGCAGAAUUCGCGGCCGUUCUACAUCUAGAACACCUUCUCGCAUGGGGAGAUCUCGUUCAUACUCUGAGAGUAGAUCCCGCUCGCGUUCCGCAUCAUACAGCUCAAGAUCACGGUCAAUAUCGCCCGUACGCAGAGACUCAUAUUCUGCUUCACCGAGACGACGGGCACGAUCCGUCUCCGGAAGUAGAUCUCCCUCACCGGCACCCAGGGGCCGGGGCCGAGCUCGUAGCGCCUCAUAUAGUCGUUCUCCAUCUAGAACUCGACGCCCAUCUGCUUCUGUCAGCCCACCCCGUGGACGGGACCGCUCUCCAAAGGCCAGGCCACAGCGGCGCAACAGCUCGUCCUUGAGCAGUGCGCCUCGGAACAAGCGCAGACGGGACUCUCGAUCUCCAUCGUUUGACUCCCGCUCGCCGCCCGCCAGGAGAGCCAGACGAGAUAGCCCUUCCCCUAGACGGAAUGGGCGAAGACAAUCGUACUCUGCGUCGCGGAGUAGAAGCCCCAGACGGGAGAGUAGGUCUGUUUCUGUGGACGGGCCAAGGAGGUCGCGGAGCCCUGUGCCCGCGAAGAGGAGGAGAUAUAGUGAGAGUGUGUCACGGUCGCCACCUCCAGUGAAGAGGGGUCGCCGUGGGGAUUGA